UUUUUAGUAAUUAUUUCUAAUAGUGUUAUAAAGGUUUUGAGGAUAUAUCAUUAGAAGAAAUCAAAUACAUAGAAAAAGCUUUGAAUGAACAAAAAUUUAAUUCUAAUUUUAGUGCUAUUCAAUUACAAUUUUAUAAAAUUCUGGAUGAUCAUUACAAAGUAGAGCAGAAUAAAAUAUCUCUACUUUCUCAUAUGAAAGAUCAAAAAUUGAUUAAAAGAAGAAAAAUACAUGGAAACAAAAACUUCAUUAUUAUCAGAUUCAAUAAACAAAGAUCAAACUCCUACAGAUAUUACUAUAUCAAAAUUGAAUAAUUUAAUUAAUCCUCGUCUCCCAAAUUUUAAAAUGUUCACGAAAACCACAAAUGCCAAUCCACCCAAUGAAUUUAUUCCCUUAUCACUUAUAUCGCUUAAUCAUUCAACACCAUUUACAAAUAAAACAAAUGUUAUCGAAUUUAAUUUUAAAACUCCCAAACCUACCAUACAAAAACCUUCUUUAUCCCUUUUGGAUAAUAGAAAUAAUCUCAAUUUUCAAAAUAGUGUAAUAACUGUUGUCCCAGCAGAAAAGGUUAACGUUAUGGUAUACACCCCUUUAAACUUACUCACGGACGAAGAAAAACAACAAUAUAUCGCUAGAGAUUUUGAUAUAGGAAAAAUACCCAUCCAACUUCCGCCAAUAGAAUAUUGUUGAUUUAUAUGUUUAUUUUGUGUAUUGUAAAGCUUUUCUGUUUUAAUAUGCAGAUAUGAAUAUUCAUGUUAUCUUUAUUUUAUAUAGGUAAAAUUAAG